CAAGAGCCCAAGGACAGACAAAUGUGAAGACUCAUUAAUUGUGUUGCGUAGACAGGAAUGCUGUGAGACUAUGCACAGUUUCCUCUGCUGACAGGUUGCGGUGAGGGUCUACGUUGUCAUAUGAAGGUAUAUGUGUGUCACUCAUCCACACACACAGGACUGUAACGUCUCUGUUUUACACUGUGGUGUGUGAACACAAGUCUACCGAGAUGAACUGAGGUAUGAUGUGACCUGCUCAGCUCGUCUCCGGGACAUGAUGUCACAGGGCAGAGGAAGAAUAUGGGAAGGGAGUGGAAAGCAGAGGCACUGGCUUAUCCUCGCUUACCUUCUCCUCCUGGCUUUACCAUGCACGGGCUUCCUCCCAAACUUUUGGUCUCGAGUGUUAACGCUGUCCUGGGACUCACACACACACCAGUACAUCACAGAGCAAGCUAUUCUCAAUGUCACCAUGGAGACUCUGAGGGCCACCAAAAAACACCAAGCAAACUAUGCAGAGGAGCGGACCAGACUGGGCCGUGGUUUCUGGAGAGCUGUUGGAGAGGUGGUGAAGUCCAAUGCAGCCAUGGACUUCCUGAGCUCCACCAGGUCUGACCCGGUGUACCACUUUGAUUCAGAGCGUGUGGAAAGUGCCAUGAGGAUGUUACGGCAGUUCUGGGCUCAGAUGCUGCUCUCAGUACAAGCCAAAGAGUACCAGAGUGCUCGUCACAGCUUGGGCCAGCUAUUUCACUCCCUGCAGGACUUCUACAGCCACAGUAACUGGGUUGAGAUGGGCCAGCCAGUCAUUUACCUCCACCUGCUGCAGCCAGAGGAGCCUGCCAUCCCUGUGGCUAAUGAAGAAACUCCCACCUGUAUGGAGUGCUUCAGUGCCACCUGUCGCGGCAACCUCCUGCCAAGAUUGAAAAACACACAGCAAGACACCCAGCUGCUCACCACUGGCUACUUCAGUACUUUCCCUCCAAAACCUCACGGCAAAUGUAGUCAUGGAGGUAUUCUGGACAGUAGCCGCCACGUGGGGGCCAAAGGGGGCAUCAACAAGGACAGCACCUCACCUCUCUUCUCCCCUCACCAUUAUCUCCACCUGGAAGCUGCCAGGUUGGCUACUGAGGCCACCCUGAGUGUACUGAGAGACCUCAGAGACACCGUGGGCCAUAAAACCUUCCUCAGGCUCUUCAGUGUGAAGCAGGUCCCUGCACUGGUGUUUGUCAUUGACACCACAGGCAGCAUGUUUGAGGAGAUCACUGCUGCUCGUCUCCGGGCCUACUCUAUCAUCCAGAGUCGAGCCCGCAGCCCUGGGCAGCCUGGCACCUUUCUGCUUGUGCCCUUCCAUGACCCAAAGUUUGGACCAGUGUAUGAGAGCAAUGACCCAAACCAGUUUAUGCAAUACAUGGAGAACCUCAUGGCGUUGGGAGGAGGAGACGAACCAGAGAUGUGUCUCUCUGCCAUUCAGCUGGCGCUCACUCACAGUCCACCAUUGUCAGAGAUCUUCGUAUUCACUGACGCCUCUCCGAAAGAUGCCCACUUGUUUGAUGCGGUCAAGGCCCUCGCACUUGAGAAACAAAGCAAGGUGACAUUUCUCCUCACUGAGGACCCCAACUACACAUCAGCGAGCCGAGGAAGGAGGAGGAGAAGGAGGAGCAUAAGUAGGGAACCUUUGUCCCCUGACCGUUUCGCUCUCUACUCAUCCUUGUCCUCCCUGUCAGGGGGACUGACAAUAUUCACCACCAACUCUGACAUCCACAGGGUCUCUACCAUAGUGGAGGAUAACACAGCCGCUGACAAGGUGACCCUCCUCCACGUGGAAAGUGACAAAGAGAUGAUGUCCUCCCAUUCCUUCAGAGUUGACAGCUCAGUAAAAAAUGUCACACUGCAUGUCACUGGCAUCCUGACAGAGUGUAUCCUCACCAGCCCAUCAGACCAAGGCCAGUCUCUGCUGAGCGAGGAGGGCCCUCUGGCAGAGUUGGAGCACUUCGAGGGUCUGUACCGCAUCAGCCUGCUUCCUCCUUUACAGCCAGGCCAGUGGAAACUCCAAGCCAAGAGUGACGGACACCUCACAUUCAAUGUGAUAGGUGACAGCAGUGUAGAUUUCCUGUAUUACUUUGCCACCUUAACGAAUGAGACACACCCAGGUCUGGCUAGAGUGAAGGGUAGUCCAAUAGCAGGUGUCCCUGCCUUUCUGGUGCUGGCUGUGACAGGCCUGGCUCCAGAUGAGGAGGAGGCAUCUUUCAGUCACGUGACGCUGCUGGGAGCUGACGGGGAGAGCCUCCAGCAGGUGAAGCUGAACUCCUCCUCCACGUCUUCAUCAUCCUAUUCUGUAGAGGAGCUUGUGGGAUGGAUGGACUCUAUUCCCAGAGUCCCCUUUUGUGUUCGACUAACAGGCCGAGACAGCAGAGGGAACAAGCUGGAGAGGGUCUCUACAGAGAUGGUUCAGCCCACUCAUGUUCAGAUACAGGUGUUGUCUGUUCCCCGCCUGGUACCUGGUCACAGUACAAUGGUGGACUUUGACAUCCUGAACCAUGGCCCGGCCCGACUCUUCAGUCUGACUGCCGAUGACGAUUGUGGAUAUCUUCAUAAGAGAGGACCUCACAGGUUCCAUGUUGCAGAACAAGGGUCUUUCCAUGGUCAGGUGGACCUCUACACUCCAGCCACAGCUCAGGCAGGAACUACUGUCACCCUCACGCUCACUGUGCGCGCUCUUGACUCUCCAGACUCAAAUUAUGCAGUGGCUUACUUGACUGUGGUCCCUCCGGAUCCAGACACGUCCCCACCAUCCUGCUCCGCUGCACGAGUACAGUCUACCUGUCCUUCCAUUUGCAAUGAAUCUACCUGGAGUGUAUCUUUGGUCGUGUCAGACAGGGGCUCUGGCCUCGCUGCCCUCCAGCUGCAGAAGGGUGAGGGCAUUAUGACUUUAUUCCACAGCCCCAUGCCCACAGAGGACAGCCUGGGAGAGGCCCACAGGGACAAGACAACCAGUGGAGGCCAUCACCACCAUCAUCACCAACACAACGCCAGAUUAGAGAAAGGAGACCCUCCUCUGAAUGUAUCUGAAUGGGUUUCGGGCUCAUCUCAGCCACUGUGGGUGAGGUACACGUCCAGCUGCUGCUCUGCUCAGGCUGAGCUGCUGGUGUGGGACACAGCAGGAAACAUGAAGCGCUGCCAUCUAAUGUCCGGCCAGCAGAGGCAGCUAAGAGACAGGAGCACAGAGACCAGUGGAGCUGGACGGAUUAGGCUCACAGACGUCUUUUACUUGUUGCUGGGUCUGCUCUGGUUUUCUCUGCUUUAGGCCGAUGUGGUUACAAAUGUUUUGCAGGUCAAACAAAUCUAUGUGUUGAUCACUGGAUUUUAGGUUUGUAAAAUGUUCUUUUUUGGAGGGCGUAAACAGAUAAAACUGAAAAAAAGUAUAUAGUAAAGAAGUAGUUUGCAGUGAGUGCACUUAAUGCAAAGCAAUGUGUCUUUCUUAAUUGUGGAGUAUGUGCUUACUACUGUAAUUUCUAAUCAA